GGUCAUGUGACCAUGGCCUCGGUCAUAUUGUGUGUCAAAAUGGCGGCUCGGCUGACAGCGGAAUUCCUCAAAGAUUGGAAAAAAGAAGUUAACCCAGACCUGCAGAAAGAAAGAGACACGUGUACGUUUAAUAUUCAAGAGCUAACUUUCAUGCUAGAUGGUGGACCAGAAAAAACAAAGAGAAGAAAGGAACUUGAAAACAUUUUCUUCACGAGGUAUGCAGACUUGUUCUCCUUCAAGAAGCGGUCCAGUCAGAGUAAGUCUGAGAUGUAUGAAUCAUCCGUUGCAAAAUCGGUUAAAGUUUUCCAGAUGAAAAGAGAACAAAAUUGGUCCGAGGAGGACUUUGAAAUGACUGCCAGAAUCUUGAAUUAUGACUUUGCGCUCAGUCUACACCAUACCAUGUUUAUACCUGCUAUAGAAAGACUUGCGACAGAUGAACAGAAGGCACAGUGGUUACCGCUAGCUCAGUCAUAUCAGAUCAUUGGAACAUACGCACAGACAGAGCUCGGACAUGGAACGAAUUUACUGGGUCUUGAGACAACCGCUACAUUUGAUAGAGCUACAGAUGAGUUUGUGUUGAAUACUCCAAGAUUGUCCUCCAUGAAAUGGUGGCCAGGCGGCUUGGCCAAGUCGAGUACCCAUGCCAUAGUGUUAUCACAGCUAUUGAUAGAUGGCAAUAACCAUGGCAUGCAUCCAUUCAUGGUCCAGCUGCGAAGUCUUGAUGAUCACAUGCCUAUGCCAGGUAUAAAGGUUGGAGACAUAGGUAAAAAGAUUGGUGCAAAUAUGGUUGAUAAUGGAUACCUAAUUCUGGAUAAAGUCCGAAUUCCACGCCAAAACAUGUUUAUGAGGAAUGCAACGGUAACAAAAGAUGGAAAAUUUACACAGCUUUCCAAUAACAAGGCAAACUAUGCCACCAUGGUGCUUGUACGAGUGAAUAUCAUCAGUUGGACAAGAGACAUGAUGAGACAUGCAGCCUGUGUUUCAGUACGUUACAGUGCUGUGAGGAGACAGACAACACUUAAACCUGGAACACCAGAACAGCAAGUGUUAGAUUUUCAGACACAACAGUUGAAGACGUUCCCAGCAUUGGCCGCUGCAUAUGCCUGCCAUCUAAUAGCAGAAGAUAUGUUAGCAUCUUAUCAUGCUGCGUACACAGAAAUCAUGAGCGGGAACAACAGGAAACUGGCAGAGUUACAUGCCCAGUCAUCAGGUUUGAAAGCAUUUCUGACAGAUAUGUCAACAGCUAUGGUGGAGACUUGUAGAAGGUCAUGUGGAGGACAUGGGUACCUUAUGUCAUCUGGUGUUGCUCAAAAUAUGGUGUCAACUCUUGCCCUAGUAACAAUUGAAGGGGAGAAUACUGUACUGUAUCUACAAACUGCAAGAUACUUAAUGAAACAGAUGGCCAAUGCAGUGUCUGGAACAAAAACAGAUGGACCAACCGCCUAUAUGAAUAGGGAUUUUACUUCAUAUGUAUGUCCUAUAGAGGUGAAACAAGACUGUAGAAAUCUGAAUAAGCUCAGGGAGGUCUACACACAGAGAGCACACAGGGUUGUUAUGUCAGUAGCACAGAAAUUACAGCUAGAUAUGGAGUCCAGCUUGCCACAGGAAAUUGUGUUCAAUAAAAACAUGGUAGAACUUGUCAGGGCUGCUAAGGCACAUCUACAUUUGACAGUUAUAGAUAUAUAUAUUACCAAGGUAGACAACUUAAGGGCAACUUGCAGUACAGAGUUGUACAAAGUAAUGACAGAGUUGUGUAACUUCUUUGUAGUACAUGGAAUGGUCCAAGAAUCUGGUGAUUUUCUAGAGAUGGAGACCUUAGGAUUAUCACAGAUGGAAUGGCUAAGACAAGAAGAAAUGGAACUGUUGGAAGUGCUAAGACCUAAUGCUGUUGGUUUGGUAGAUGCCUUUGACAUGCAUGAUGAAACAGUUGCAUCUACCCUAGGACAGUAUGAUGGAAAUGCCUACCAGCACCUGUUUGAGUCAACUCAGAAUGAGCCCAUGAACCAAACUGAGGUACAUCCAGCCUACUACAAACAUUUAAGAGGUCUGUUGAAAGGCACAAACCAGUCAAAACUCUGAUGGAAGUAGAGUGUAGUAUUGCUGUAGGACCAGUUGUGACAUUAAAAUUUUUCGCCGGUAAAAUACUUAUAAGGACAACAAGUUAAAACUCUGAUUUCUUUAUUUCACUGAUUUCUGUUUUUAUGUUGCAAAGACUAAUGCAAAAUUGGUGUGAUUUUUAGCUCACCUGUCACAAAGUGACAAGGUGAGCUUUUGUGAUCGCGCGGUGUCCGUCGUGCGUCCGUAAACUUUUGCUUGUGACCACUCUAGAGGUCACAUUUUUCAUGGGAUCUUUAUGAAAGUUGGUCAGAAUGUUCAUCUUGAUGAUAUCUAGGUCAAGUUCGAAACUGGGUCACGUGCCUUCAAAAACUAGGUCAGUAGGUCUAAAAAUAGAAAAACCUUGUGACCUCUCUAGAGGCCAUAUAUUUCACAAGAUCUUCAUGAAAAUUGGUCAGAUUGUUCACCUUGAUGAUAUCUAGGUCAAGUUCGAAACUGGGUCACGUGCCUUCAAAAACUAGGUCAGUAGGUCUAAAAAUAGAAAAACCUUGUGACCUCUCUAGAGGCCAUAUAUUUCACAAGAUCUUCAUGAAAAUUGGUCAGAACAUUCACCUUGAUGAUAUCUAGGUCAAGUUCGAAACUGGGUCACAUGCCGAAAAAAACUAGGUCAGUAGGUCAAAUAAUAGAAAAACCUUGUGACCUCUCUAAAGGCCAUAUUUUUCAUGGGAUCUGUAUGAAAGUUGGUCUGAAUGUUCGUCUUGAUGAUAUCUAGGUCAAGUUCGAAACUGGGUCACGUGCGGUCAAAAACUAGGUCAGUAGGUCUUAAAAUAGAAAAACCUUGUGACCUCUCCAGAGGCCAUAUAUUUCAUGAGAUCUUCAUGAAAAUUGGUCAGAAUGUUCACCUUGAUGAUAUCUAGGUCAAGUUUGAAAGUGGGUCACGUGCCUUCAAAAACUAGGUCAGUAGGUCAAAUAAUAGAAAAACCUUGUGACCUCUCUAGAGGCCAUAUUUUUCAUGGGAUCUGUAUGAAAGUUGGUCUGAAUGUUCAUCUUGAUGAUAUCUAGGUCAAGUUUGAAAGUGGGUCACGUGCCUUCAAAAACUAGGUCAGUAGGUCAAAUAAUAGAAAAACCUUGUGACCUCUCUAAAGGCCAUAUUUUUCAUGGGAUCUGUAUGAAAAUUGGUCUGAAUGUUCAUCUUGAUGAUAUCUAGGUCAAGUUCGAAACAGGGUCAUGUGCGGUCAAAAAUUAGGUCAGUAGGUCUAAAAAUAGAAAAACCUUGUGACCUCUCUAGAGGCCAUACUUGUGAAUGGAUCUCCAUAAAAAUUGGUCAGAAUGUUUACCUUGAUGAUAUCUAGGUCAAAUUUGAAACUGGGUCACGUGCCUUAAAAAACUAGGUCAGUAGGUCAAAUAAUAAAAAAACCUUGUGACCUCUCUAGAGGCCAUACUUUUCAUGGGAUCUGUAUGAAAGUUGGUCUGAAUGUUCAUCUUGAUGAUAUCUAGGUCAAGUUUGAAACUGGGUCAACUGCGGUCAAAAACUAGGUCAGUAGGUCUAAAAUUAUUAAAAUCUUUUGACUUCUCUAGAGGCCAUAUUUUUCAAUGGAUCUUCAUGAAAAUUGAUCUGAAUGUUCACCUUGAUGAUAUCUAGGUCAGUUUCGAAACUUGGUCACGUGCGGUCAAAAACUAGGCCAGUAGGUAUAAAAAUAGAAAAACCUUGUGACCUCUCUAGAGGCCAUAUUUUUCAUGAGAUCUUCAUGAAAAUUAGUGAGAAUGUUCACCUUGAUGAUAUCUAGGUAAAGUUCAAAACAGGGUCACGUACCUUCGAAAACUAGGUCAAUAGGUCAGAUAAUAGAAAAACCUUGUGACCUCUCUAGAGACCAUAUUUUUCAAUGGAUCUUCAUGAAAAUUGGUCAGAAUUUUUAUCUUGAUAAUAUCAAGGUCAAGUUCAAAACUGGGUCACAUGAGCUCAAAAACUAGGUCACUAUGUCAAAUAAUAGAAAAAACGAUGUCAUACUCAAAACUGGGUCAUGUGGGAAGAGGUGAGCGAUUCAGGACCAUCAUGGUCCUCUUGUUUAAUUAACUGUUUGGAAUCUUUUUAAAUCUGUGAAUUAAAUCAUCAUCAAGGAAUGUAAGAAAAUUCCUAGGUACUGCUGGCAGUAAAUGAACUGUUACCUGGUGGGUUUUUUUUUUAAAGAGAGACAUAGGGUAGUAUAAAAACAGUGCAUGUACCGGGUAUAUGGGAAAUAUGCGUUAGAAAAAUUUGAAAGUUGUUAAUUGAAAUUAACUUUGCUUAUUACAGACUGAAUCCAUUAACAAAUUGACAUUUUUAUGUUUGGAAAACAGGAAUUUUAUGCCAGAUGGCUGAAGAGGGGAUACAACAACUACAUUUUACAAGUGUCUUAUAAUUAUAGUAAUAUAACUGCUGUGAUACUGCGACUUAGUAACGUUGUAAACUACAUUUCACCAAUUCUUGUUAAUUAUGCUUGUCUUGAAAUCUUGACAUUGUUUAUGUACUUCAACAAGGCUGUAUGUUAAUAUUAAAACUUUACCGGGGUUGCCAUCAACCUUGAAAAGUCAGGGAAAUUGGACUUUUUGGUCAGUAAAAAUGUACUUAAGAUUUGCACUUGUGUGUCUCUACAUCAGGAUGAUCUGUGAUGUACAAAUCUCAAAAAGAAUUUGACUUGGAGUCAUCAGUCAUUUGAUUAGGCAUAGAAAAAGAAUUGUUUCCAGUAUCCCGACCUACCCUAAAUUCUUUGCCCGACCCUAAAUGUUUUUAUGGCCUUGGAGAAGUUUUUUUUUUUUUCAACUUUUAAAGGAAAAGUUGCAAAACUGCACUUUUUAUGCUUUAAACAUGAUCAUUGAUGUUACAGAUCAACUUACUGAUGCUCUUAAGGCAUUUAACUCAUUCAGGCCAGAGUUAUGGCCCUUGACUUAGUCAAAAAGGGUCUAAAAGUUUGUGUCACAUGUAUCUCAAAAAGUUUGAUGGAUAGGGGAAGAGGACAGCAAAACUAGGAGAUAUUGGCCAGUGAAAAUGUGAAAGGUCGGAGUAUUUUAUUUGUCAUUGUUGGUGGCAGUCCUGUUUAUCAUUCAUUACAUUCUAUAUGUACUGUAAAUACAUGUUGUGUGUUAAGUAUGUGAGUUGUUAAAUAUGAUUUAAGAUAAUGUUGUUAUUAUGAAUAUAGGAAUAUUGCAAUAAAGUAAUGGAAAUACAA